ACCCUUUUAUUUUAGCUAUUCCAGUCUUCAUCCAAGCCAAUUGAAUUGAUAUAAGUCUUUCCGGUGUUUGAAUUUUUUUUUUUUUCACAAAGAAGUAGCUAUGACUAUUGCUGUUUCAAGUAAAAGUCCAAGUCCUACUAGGCUUGAGGGGAAAUUUUCAGGUAUGCUGGUUUGUUGGAUUCUGGGACUUGGAUCACUUGUUUCUUGGAAUAGUUUACUGAGCAUAGGAGAUUACUACUAUGCACUGUUUCCGAAUUAUCAUCCAUCAAGGGUACUCACCCUAGUGUAUCAGCCAUUUGCACUUGGAACAAUGGCAAUUCUUGCAUAUAAUGAGGCAAAAGUUGAUACAAGAAAGCGCAACUUAGCUGGAUAUAUUCUUUUUACCUUAAGCACAUUAGCGCUUAUACUGUUGGAUUUGGCAACUUCCGGUAAGGGUGGAAUAGGAAAUUACAUUGGUGUAUGUGCCAUAGUAGGUUGUUUUGGAGUUGCAGAUGCAUGUGUUCAAGGUGGAAUGGUUGGAGAUUUAUCAUUCAUGUGCCCUGAGUUCAUUCAAUCGUUUUUCGCUGGUCUCGCUGCAUCUGGUGCACUUACCUCGGGUUUAAGGCUAAUGACAAAGGCAGCUUUUGAAAACAGUAACAACGGUCUACGCAAAGGAGUUAUGUUGUUCCUUGCCAUAUCGACAUUCUUUGAAUUCCUAUGCAUCCUUCUAUAUGCAUUCAUCUUCCCUAAGCUACCAAUUGUGAAGUACUAUCGGACAAAGGCAGCUGCAGAAGGAUCAACAACUGUUGCAGCAGACUUAGCUGCUGCAGGCAUUGGAUCUCAACUGAUCGAAAAAGCUGAUAAUGAUGCUAAACAACCAGAACGUCUGAGCACCAAACAAUUGUUUUACCAGAACAUUGAUUAUGCAUUGGACUUGUACUUGAUUUAUGUCAUCACUUUAUCAAUUUUUCCAGGAUUCUUGUACGAGAACACUGGUACCCACAAUUUGGGCUCAUGGUACCCUCUACUUCUGAUAGCAAUGUACAAUGUUUGGGAUCUGAUAGCAAGAUACAUUCCACUGAUAGAGAAAAUCAAGCUUAAAUCACGAAAAGGUCUCAUGAUGGCGAUCCUCUCUCGUUUCUUGUUGAUUCCUUGCUUCUACUUCACGGCAAAAUAUGGUGAUCAAGGCUGGAUGAUAUUUCUAGUAUCCUUCUUGGGACUCACAAAUGGUUAUCUCACUGUUUGUGUCAUGACAGCUGCUCCUCAAGGAUACAAGGGGCCUGAGCAAAAUGCAUUGGGUAACUUGCUAGUGUUAUUCUUACUAGGUGGAAUAUUUUCUGGUGUUGCUUUAGAUUGGUUGUGGAUUAUUGGUAAUGGAAAAUUCUGAGGACUCAAGAUGGUAUGUGACAGGACAAUAGCUAACGUUGCAUUUUAGUAGGGAUUAGCAUAUAUUUUGUGUGAAUGUGUUGCUUUUUUUCCCUUUCUUCAUAUCAGGUUUCAGAUUCUAGGAAAUUAGUGGAGUACAGAGAAUGAUGAAAUUGCCAUAUGUGAUUAUUAAACUUCUUUCUGGAUUGUAAAGAAUGUUGUAGAAGAUGUAACAGGAAAAUUGUGAAGUUGAAUUCACUCCGAAGAAAAAAAUAUGAUAAUCUUGUUCAAGUUCUGACGUA